GAGAGAGAGAGAGAGAGAGAGAGAUGAAUGGGGAAUUUGCAUGGGGAUGCUGCGCGCCACACAGAGACCGAAAGAGGGCCCCAAUAUCUCUUCCAACCAAUCCUCCGUCUCUCUUCCAUAUCCACUACUCUCUCCUUAUAAUGAUCACACCCUCUUCUUACUAUUAUCAUUAUUAUUAUCAUCCAUCUUCAUCAUCUUGUAAAAAUUUCACAAAAAGAUCUCUUAAUUUUGAAACAAAUUUCAAAAAUAAAAAUAAAAAUCGUAGAAAAAUAAGCAAACUACCCCCAAAUCAAAAACAGUAGCAGAAAACGAUUCUCUGUUGUCACUUGUUCUUCCUGCGACCAACUCUCUGCUUUCUUCCUUCUCUCAGAGCAAAUAGAAGGAGGAGAAGAAGAAGAAGAAGAAGAAAAAGGCGUAUGAUGGCAACGGGCACAGGCACAGCGGCGGUUAUCGGACUCAGCGCAGGGAAGAGGUUCUUGAGCUCUUCUUUCCAUUACUCCGAUGUCACUGAUAAGCUCUCCAAUGUCGCCGCGGGCGACCUCCAUACAUCCUCGCCGCACUACCACUAUCACCUCUAUAAUAAUAUCACGAACUCUAGAAGACCCUCCAAUUACAGCCCCCUUUUCCCCUCAAAUCGACCGCACCAAUCCAUCAAAGCCCUCAAAGAGCACGUGGGUUCUGCCUCCGACCUCCCAACUACAGACCCAUGGAUUCCCAAGUCUGACGCAUUUGAAGAGAUUGAAGGUUUCGAUCCCGAUUCCUCUGUGGAGGCUCUCCUCUUGCUCCAGAAAUCUAUGCUCGAGAAGCAGUGGAAUCUUUCCUUCGAGCCCGCUGUUGUAACUCCUGAUUCGCCGGCGAAAAGAGAUCGCCGGAAGGUUCCUGUAACUUGUUCGGGGGUUUCCGCCAGGCAAAGGAGAAUGAACAGUCGGAGGAGAAAUCAGGGCCGAAACGGGUUUUUGACGGAACCCAGUAUGGGUAAGCAGCUGAGAUCAAUGAUCAGUCCAGACCUGCUUCGGACUCAUCCCAAAGGUUACGUGAAAGGUGUUACCAGUGAAAAAUUGCUCAGCCAAGCCGAAGUUGCGCGCCUCUCGAAGAAGAUUAAAGCUGGGCUUUCCUUAGAGGACCAUAAAUCAAGACUGAAGGAAAGACUAGGAUAUGAGCCUUCUAAUGAACAACUCGCAACUUCUUUGGGGAUAUCUCGUGCCGAGUUACAAUCCAAAAUGAUAGAAUGUUCUUUUGCAAGAGAAAAGCUGGCAAUGAGCAAUGUUCGAUUGGUCAUGUCUAUUGCUCAAAGAUAUGAGAACAUGGGUGCUGAAAUGGCAGACCUAGUUCAGGGUGGAUUGAUUGGCCUACUCCGCGGGAUUGAGAAAUUUGAUUCUUCGAAAGGAUUCAAAAUUUCAACUUAUGCCUACUGGUGGAUACGUCAGGGUGUAACAAGAGCACUUACAGAUAAUUCAAGAACCUUAAGAUUGCCCAAUCAUCUGCAUGAAAGAUUAAAUUUAAUCAAGAACGCAAAGACUAGAUUGGAAGAAAAAGGAAUAACUCCAUCAAUUGAUAGAGUUGCAAAAAGUCUGAAUAUGUCCGAAAAGAAAGUCAGGAAUGCUGCAGAGGCAGACAGUAAGGUCUUCUCACUAGACAGGGAAGCUUUCCCCUCUUUGAAUGGUCUUCCAGGAGAAACACUUCAUAGUUACAUUGCGGACACACACCCUGAGAACAACCCAUGGCAUGGCAUAGAUGAAUGGGCACUCAAGGAUGAAGUUAACAAGCUCCUUAAUGCAACUCUUAGGGAACGGGAGAGAGAUAUUAUACGUCUUUAUUAUGGUUUGGACAAUGAAUGUCUUACAUGGGAAGAGAUUAGCAAACGAAUAGGAUUGUCAAGAGAAAGAGUAAGGCAAGUUGGGCUUGUUGCAUUGGAGAAAUUAAAGCAUGCUGCAAGAAAGAGAAGGCUGGAGGCCAUGCUGGUGAAAAAUUAGUUUGGUAUGUUUUGUUGUAAACAGCACAAAAAUGGUUGUAUAUACUUAAAGAAAGAAGAACUGUACCCUUCAAUUUAUUUUCUCAUCAGUAAUAUAUAAAGUAGCUGAUGUAAGUGCUUAACCCAAACUUUCUGCAACACUAGGUUAAAACACACCGAUUGAGAACUUGUAAGAUGCAGUGAAAAUUUUUGUGUAGUACAUAUUCUGAGGCACAA